AUGAUGGCAAUGGCUGACGUUGAGGGGAUACCAUUCUCUUCGGAGGAAGAGGAGCAGCUAUGGACAGACAUCGAUACCUGCGUGUCCAGCCCAUGCGAUGACCACGAAUCGAUAGACGAUGCCCUACGCACGUGGCUGGAACUGACAGCGAGGCUCCGUGGUCGGCUCUCUGGAAGUCAGGAGGACUCCAUACUGUGCGCACAGAUGCUCAUCAACAGUCGGCUCUUCCAGCAAAACCAGGAAUACGUCCGCACCCAACUCAUCCACAGCCUGCUGCAGGAAGACGACGUCCCAUCCUUGCAUGCCAUAACGUCGCUCCUCCUCCUUGACGGACACUACGACGAGGCUAUAUUUCCGCGCAUGAUUGAGGAAUCAUGCUUCCCGCGACUGGUAGAGCUGAUAGCCGCGAGGCAAGACGAUGAAGAUCCGCGUCUGCACCGAUUUUUGCUGCAGCUCAUGUACGAGAUGUCCCGUGUGGAAAGGCUUCGGCCAGAAGAGCUCGUGUUGGUCGACGACGACUUUAUCCACAGUCUGUUCGGCAUCAUCGAAGGUGUUUCCAAUGAUGUGCAUGAUCCAUAUCAUUACCCCACAAUUAGAGUUCUGCUUGUGAUGAACGAGCAAUACAUGCUUGCUUCCACGGAGCCUGUUGAGGGGCCAGACGGAACACAGGCGCCGUUGACAAACCGUAUUGUUAAAUGUCUUAGCCUGCACGGUCCGUCGUUCAGAACAUUCGGUGAGAACAUUAUCUUGCUGCUAAAUCGAGAAACCGAAACAUCGCUCCAAUUGCUCAUCCUGAAGCUAUUGUACCUUCUGUUUACAACCAAAGCAACAUACGAAUACUUUUACACAAAUGAUUUGCGCGUUCUAUUGGACGUCAUCAUCCGCAACCUGAUGGAUCUGCCCGACGAAAGAAUAUCACUGAGACACACUUAUCUGAGAGUUCUAUACCCACUGUUAGCGCAUACGCAGCUCUGCCAUCCGCCUCAUUACAAGCAGGAUGAGAUACUUAAAGUGUUAAAGAUUCUUCGCGGCUCGCUAAAUGCGCAUUUCGCACCGGCUGAUGAUACUACGGUCAGACUGGUCGACCGAGUCGCCAAAGUCAAAUGGCUCGAGGUCGGCAACAUGGAUGGCGCUUCCGAGGUGGCUCGCAAGUUUCUAGGCAUUAGCCUGUCUCCGACCCAGUAUGCAAGCAGUAUUAGUGUUGGAGAUGUCGCUGGAGUCAUGGAGAAGCCCGGCGUGCAGACCCCAAGCCGGAACGGUGGCGGCGGAGCACGAGGCCAAGAUGUCCCCAGCCCAACGCAAGACGAAGUUAGCAAAACAGUUAAGGCCAAGAAGCCUCUCCCGGUAGUCCCCAAGCACCGCCAUGGAGUUCCGUUCAAGGACUUGGCAAACAGGCCAGCCACGAACGGCGAGGUCAAGAAGGUGCCUCCAAAGGCACCGCCGCCCCGUCGACGGGGCAAGAUGAAGGUGGCCGAACCACCACCGAUAGAGACUAUCACGGAGACGCCACCAGAAUGA